AUGCCAUUUGUGGAGGAGAUCAACUGGAAAAGCUACAAUCCAGAUGUGUAUUUCACAAGCGUGAACGCAGCCGGCCCAUCGGGGCGUAACCGGAUUACAAAGACAACAGCUGCCUCUGGUGUUCGUAACAAUAAGAGAGUCAACUACUCGCUUCCUGACCUCGAAGCCAAAAUAUAUGCGCAAAGAAACGGGUCUAACAGCGAGGCUUCCAACUCUAGUGCGAUCACUACAACUAGCAGUGCCCUCGAUAGGUACACCCCAGAGGAGCUGCUGAAAUCUCGUAAGAGGUUCAUGGAACUCGAUACUGAGAAUGUGCUCGACAUAAAAGAUGUUUCCUAUCUUAUGAGCAGCGUUACAGGCAUCAGCAAAGACCGCAUAGAUUCCAGUAGCGGGAGUAACUCAAGCGGCGGAGCGUCAUCAAAUGUCAACAGAUCACACAGAAACAAGUUCGAGCUGCCCAAAAACAUGGAGCUUAUGUACAGGUCUACAAAGCCCCCGGUGCCGAAGAAAAAGAACACUAACAGAGUAGUGGCUCUAAAAAAAACUCUUUCUUCACGGAGACCAUUAACAAGCUACCUGGACGCCUUGGACCAGGUCAACCGCAGCAUUAUUUUCAACAAUGUCUACAACAAGAAGUUCUUCAAAGUCUUGCCUGUUAUUACUAUUUGCUCAAUAUGUGGCGGUUACAACAGUAUUUCGGGAUGCGUCCGUUGCGGCAACAAAAUAUGCAGCCUCAGGUGCUUUAAUUUGCAUAAUGAGGCGAGGUGCACCAUGUAA